UAGUUGUGGAAUCGAACGGUCGUGUUAGCGGAAGAAAUCUAAAUUGAAAUAUUCAAAGCGUCAGUCCAGUGCUCGUAAAGCUUUUGUCACAAUAAUUUUCGUGUAAACGUGUUAACUUAUAAAUUAAACACAAUUCGGUAAAUUUUGUUUAGACGCGACUCUGCGUUUCAUAUCAAUUGGUGUGCGUGCUCUCAAUUCGUUCUUCCUUACCGCUAUUUGACACAGUGUGGGUGUGUGCCUGUAUGUGUGUAUGUUUGGUGGGUGCAUUUGUUUAUUCCAACCGCCAAAUACUUCUAGUGAACUUGCGUUGUUGGGCGGUGCUGUCAUUGGCCACCCUCCCCCUGCUCGCUUCAUACGUUCCGUACAGAAAAAUCGAAACUCCCGCACAUUGGGUGGAUGAGUUUGUAGUAACAAAACAUCAGCCACAAAAAGAGCAAAAACAAAAAGAAGCGCACACACAAAAGGAAUACGAACAUUAAAGCGUAAACUGCAAAAGGGAAUAAAAAUCCGCAGAGGCACAGAGAGAACGAGAGAGAAAAUAAAUAAUUAUUAAAUACCAACGCGUGACACGAAUGUUUCGUGAAAUUAUUGAAAGUAGACCUUAAAUCUUUUUUGUACUUUUUACAUAACAGAAUCGCGAAACACAAACCUGACAAUAAACGUUGUGCAAUUUGUAUACAAUCACCUACAACAACAACAAAAAAAGUACUUAAAUAAUCAUUGAACAAUCUCUGCAGAGCUUUAAAGUACCGCUACUUAAAAUUCAUAUGCCCCAUUCAUGCGUUUUCUACCCACUGUGCGAAUCGUAAACAAACGAAAAUAAAAUAAAAUAAAAAACAUACAUAUAUACAAGUGCUUUACACUUUUGUUUAAAUAAAGACUGGUUCCAAAUAACAACUUUAAAGUGCUGUCGUUUGACCUACAAUGUAAACUGUUAAAACCUUACGGUAAAAUACGAACAAAUAAGAUAUCAAUUGAAACAAAAUGGUUAUUACUUAGCUAAAGAUUAACUGACGGAUUUGGGAAGCACAUCAGAACAAGUUACUUAACUUUCAUUGGAUCAGCAGCAGUGAACGCACAGAGACUGUGACAUAAGAAGGCAGCAUCAGCUGCUAAUCGACUACAACAACAAUCAUAAAUCAUCAUCAACACGCAAUACGCAGCAGGAGCAGCAACAGCAACAGCAAUUGAGUUGCAACAACACCCAACACAAAAAAAAAGCAAAAACAAAACGCAAAGAAUUCGCAUUAAUCAUACGCCGCGUGUGCCGCGCAUUAGAACACGCCUUGUAAAAUUGCCAUCGAUAUGUUUGCCAAAAAGCCGCACAAUGCGCCGCGCACUUGACACGCGUUGAGUUACAGUUACAGCAAUUGCGUGCAUCAAUCAAUCAAUCAAAUUGGUCAAUUUCCCGAAAUCGUUCGUCCGUUCGUUCGUUUUUUUGUUCGUUUAAUUUCCCAUUCAGUUUUUUAUUUCGCCUAAGUUUCGCAUCGGAAUCAAAGUGCCGCAUGUGGGUGACCGGGCUAAUCACGUUAACUGGCAGCUACAACUGCAAUAACAACAACAACAACAGCAACAAUUUGACUAAGAACAACAACAACAACAACGCAACGAGCGAAAGCAACGUUAAGCGAUUUGCUCAAUUCUUUUCUUGCUGGUCUGUGAUAAAUACGUUAACGUUCUUAAUGAAUGACUUUCGGUUCAAGUCACUUUAUCGUGCCACCAAAUCGACAACCACAAACACUUCAACAUUAAAUAAAACAAUCUUAACAACAACAACAACAACAACUAUUGAGGACUCUAUUAAAAAGCCUAAAAAGAGCAGACGCAGCACCAAGACGAAGAAAUCUUCGACGACAACAUCAACAACAACAACAAGCAGCGCCUUUGAUAAUAGCAACAACAACAAUCCACGUACUUAUAACAACAGCAGCAAAUCGAAUAAAGUGUUCCUACAUUAUAUACCACGCGAUCCGCGUCUAAGAAUUUUCAAUAGAACCGCCACACUGAAUAAACACUUGUUGUUUUCCCAUCCUCCACGAAGCACUUUAAGUGAAUUGAAUAUAACUGAAGAUCUUUGCAAUUAUGGCGAAGUAAUUGGCGGCAGUGACAGUGACAGUGAUAAUAAUAACUAUAACUAUAACUACAAUAAUAAACAAUUGCAAUUUCAAGGCCAACUGUUCAAGUUCUAAACGAGGAGACCUCUUCAAGUUGUUCGUUCGUUUCGAAACAACUUUUCGUUUUUAAUCGCAGCUAUUUGCGCACCCAGCUUACAGCUAUUACAUUAUCAACGUGUCAGCCAGUUGAAAGUGUUGUUAUUAUUGGAGAUCGGAUUUUGAGCGAAACAAAAGCAAUCUAAGUCCACCUACCGCUGCAGCUACUUAAGAAGAACAAAUACAAUCCUUGCUGAAAAAAAAAAACUGAAAACUGUGUUCACAAAACUAAUUGCAACAACAAGUGCAAAUUUUUUGAUAAACCACAAUUAUAGCAAAAACAAAAAAACAAAGUAAUUAAGCAAAAAGUUAUUAAUUAGAGCUUAGGACAAGAUGGCCAAGCCAGCAACGGGACAGAGUGGCAACAGCAACGCCAACAACGCCAACAACAACAAUAAUAACAAUAGCAAUAGCAACAAUAACAAUAACAAUGACGAUGAUUCGAAUGAGAAUCAAGAGAGCAGUAGCAAGUUGCUGGGUAAUGGAAAUGCAGCUGCUAAUGGAAAUGGAAAUGGAAAUGUUUGUCAAUCAGCGACAGCAUCAACGUUGCCAGCGCCAGCGAACACACCGCUGAACAAGGCCAUCAAACACGAUCUGUUCCCGGAGGUGACUUUCUGCAAUCUAUCUGUGGAGGAGCUGCACGAUGGCAGCGGUCAGAGUCACAGCCGAACGGUGAGGAACAGCAUCAUUGCACUGGACAGCGAUGGCACACUGACCAUUGGCCUGAUGAAUGGCACGCAGGUGAAGAAGCGCAAGCGUUUGAUAUCGAAUGAAUCGGGUGACUCGAUAGAUUCAAGCACCACGGAUAAGAAGACAUCGAAGAUGCCCGAUGGCGGCUACGGUUGGGUUGUUGUCUUUGCCUCGCUCAUGGUUUCGCUUAUAUGGGAUGGACUCUCGUUUUCCUUCGGGCUGAUCAACACACAGCUGUUGGACUAUUUCAAAGAAUCGCCUUCGAAGACAGCUUGGAUCAGUUCGUUGUUCUUCUCGGUGCCACUGCUCAUGGGUCCGAUUUGGUCGAAUCUGGUGGAUAAAUACGGCUGCCGUAAGAUGACCAUUUUGGGUGGUCUCAUCUCCGCCUUUGGCUUUGCCAUCUCAUCCAUUUGCAAUUCGAUUGAGAUGCUGAUGAUCACGUUCGGCAUCAUCAGUGGCCUGGGACUCGGCAUUGGCUAUGUGACCGCUGUGGUCUCGAUUGCCUUUUGGUUUGACAAGAAGCGUAGCUUUGCCACCGGCAUCGGUGCAUCGGGCACCGGCAUUGGCACCUUCGUCUAUGCCCGACUCACGCAAUAUUUAAUCGAUUCGUAUGGCUGGCGUGGCGCCACUCUAAUCCUGGGUGGCACCAUGUUGAAUGCCUGUGUCUGUGGUGCACUGAUGCGAGAUCCCGACUGGCUGAUCGAGGAGAAUCGUCUCGAGAGCCGAUCGCAGAGUGUCACCACAUUUUCCAAUUCAAGUGUUUGCCUCGAGGAGAUCAAGAAGCUGCUGGAUACGGGUAUCACCAAGGAGGCUGUGCUGGACACGCUGGUCACGAAGAACAACACCGAAGCGAAUCAGCAAAUCGAUGAUCCACUCGAUACUGGUCUCAAGCGCUAUCGCAGCGAACUCUUUCUGCCCACGUUCCUCAGCAUCCAAGAACUCGACAGCGUCUGCGAGGUGAAGAGUCUGAGUCGUCGUUCGUUGCGACACAAGGAAGGUGCCGAGGCGCCCUCACGUGAGAAUCUGCUGUCCAUGUCGUCGGGUGCUGCACCAACGGCUCCGUAUCUGAACUCUCCCGACGAUACGCUGACGGGUCGAGUUCUGCCUGGCAUCGUCGCUGAGACAUCGAAGAAGAGCUACUUGGCCUCGAUUGAGACGCUGUCGCCAUCGGAGAAACGUUCAACGAUUGCGGGCACCCCGAAUGGUUCGUUGCGCUCUUCGGACGAGGGCUAUCUGACCCAGAAGCACAACGAAGCCACCAACUAUGCCAGCUCACGGUAUUCGCUUAACGAAAAUAUAUUCGCCAGCAAGCACAAUACACCGUCGUUGUCUAACCUGAAGGUGAAUGGAUUGCGUCACAAUUCCGUGGACAUUCUGAGCGAUGAUAUGCACAGCUAUUACAUGUCCAUGAAGGAGGAAACAUUUGCUCUGCUCGAUCAACAUCCGCGUCCACAGAUAUUUCAGCCAAAGGCACCAGCGGAAUCCUUGGUCAUCACUAUACCGGAGCAAGAGGAGCAGAGCGAGCUGGCGUUGCGUCGUUCGCGUUUGGACAGCAUAACGGGUCUGCGUCGACUGUCCAAGUCGAAGAAACCGAAUCCGCAUCGCUCGAAUCUGCGUCGCAACAUCUCCAUACGCAACUCGAACUUCCUCAAGGACAUGCGCAUCCAUCGCAAUUCGAUUCACUAUCGCGGCGCCAUGCUCAACACGCAUCGAUAUCGAUUGCGUGCCUCGUCCUGCCCCAACAUCUAUCGCAACUCGAUGACAACAAUUGCCAAGGAGGAGGAAGAUACCUGGUACGAUAGCUUUAUGGAUACUGUGAAAUCCGCUUUUGACUUUUCGCUCUUUUUGGAUAAAAAGUUUUCGUUUUUCAAUCUAUCUACACUAUUCCUAUUCAUUUGGUUCAUCAUACCCUAUCUUUAUCUGCCCGAUUACAUGAAAGAAUACAACUAUGAUGUGAGUGUGAGUGCGGUGUUAAUAUCGGCGAUUGGCAUUGCUCAAACCGUGGGCAUGAUUGGCCUUGGCUAUUUUGGCGAUCGACCAUGGAUGAACAUCAACAUAUGCUACUCCAUAUGCAUGUUGGUUUGUGGUGCUUCGGUUUUCUUCAUGCCAAUUCUGAUCACUAACUACAAUGGCUUGAUGGCCAUGUGCAUCAUCUUUGGAUUUACGUUUGCCAGCUCCUUCUCGUUCACGCCCAGCAUAUUGGUCAGCAUUGUUGACCUGGAUGAUUUCACAUGUGCCUACGGCUUGGUGCUGCUCGUUCAGGGCGUUGGCAUGAUUGCCGGACCACCCAUAGCCGGUGCCAUAUUUGAAUAUACUGGCAGAUGGGACGACUCCUUCUACUUUGCGGGCAUAUUUAUAGCACUCUCCGGCGUCUGUUCGUAUAUGAUUGAGUUCUGUGAGAAGAAAGCAACUAAGGAGAGUGAUAGUGAUGUCUCAGAGACUAAAAAAGCUCAACUUUUACAUUAGAAUACUUAUAUAACACAACACAAAUGUCAACAAAAGAAAAAACUCCAGUGCAAUUUAGCAAAAAAAAAAAAAAAAGAAAAAUGAAAGAAAAGCACUGCGGCCUAUAAUUAAUAAUAAUAAUAUUAAUAUUAAUCAUAAUGGACUAGCAUUAAAUGUUAUAAAGUUUCUUAUGUCAAAUGCUGUUGCAGCUACAAAAAAUACAGAAAACUCAGAGCGAAUUAGUAGAUAAAUAUCGAAAGCAAAAACUAAUGUUAAUCGCGUUUAAGAAAUCUACAUAUAUAUUGACUUGAGAACUAAUUAUAUACACAUACAUGAAUAACAAAAACUAUAUUAGUUAGCUAACGCACUAGGACAACUACAUUAUACGUAUACUCCAAUAAAUAAUAGUCAGGAAAAAUACAAAACAGAACAAAAUGGAAAACAACAACAACAAAUGCUAGCAAUAUUUUUUAAAUAUAGAGAUACCAAUUUCAAUAUCAUUGCAGUGCAUCACUGCCAUGCGCAAACGGGUUCCCCAAAUUGUCUUCUUUGAUGAUAUAUUUGUAGUUAGUAAUGCCGCAAAUAAACAAUUUACCAAUCUACGAUGUAACUUAUGCAAUAACAACAAUAAGAACAACAAUUUCGCAAUCAACUAAACAAAAAGUCUUCAAAGCAAAUCCAGAUGAAUGUUAAUAAUAAAAACAAAACAAAAAAAUGAUAGCACUAUACCCAAAAAUUGCAAAUGGUUUAGAAGCAGAGUUAAAGAGUUUUUUACUAUUUGAAAACCAAAACAGUUCAAGUAUUAUUAAUAAAUAAAUGAAAAUGAAUUGAUAUGAGAAAUUCACGUAGAGCACUGAAAUCAAUUAUAUAUACAUAAAUACAUAUAUUAUUUAGUAAUAUGAAGCACACGUCAUUUUAGUCUAACUCAAAACUAACUAAAGCCUAGACAAGACACACACACACACAAACCUUCUAUAUACAACCGUAGCCUAUGUAGUUGUUGUUUCAAACAAAUAAAAGAAAAAACCGAGCAAACAAAUUUUUUGUAGCCUUAAGCA